CGCAUUUGCAAGCUUCGCUUCUUCCUCUUUGGAAAUACUCCAUGUAUUCCACAUCUACCAAAUCUCAUAUCUCUUGGGAUUGCAAGAGCACUCACAUCUGGAUACUCAAAUUCUUGUAUUUCUCCUUGCCCGAACGUGGUAGUGUAAAGAAAUUGGUUUCUUUAGCCAUUUGAGCUUGCACCGUCAAAUACACCGUCUAAAUUGCUUGUGGCAACUGGCAACUGUCGUCACGUCAAUAUCUUGUCCGUUUGGGUUCAAAGUAAAACCUUUGAAACUUCUGAGCUUGGACUGACUAACUUGUAACAGCAGGGGGUUAGCUGUGGUUGACCUUGAUUUGCCUUAAUUGCCUAACCACUUUUUCUCUCUCUUUUCUUUCUGAUGAUGAUCUCUUUUCUUUCUGAUGAUGAUGAAAGAUGAAACUAAAAGACGUUUCUUCGAUCUGUUAGCGCGGAGACCUCGAGCGCGAGUUGCAGCGUCAAAUACUUCGCCUGUAGUUGUGCUAGGUUGUUGCACCUUCGUCUCAGCAGCUUGGCACGGCUUGGCACACCGGUGAUGAGGAAGACCGGUUCGAGGGUGAGAUUAGAUCUCACUUGCUCAACUUAUUAGGGCGCGUGGAACCCACCGCAACGUUGGAUCGUCGUCAGACAGAACCUUAAGCCAUGGAUGAUCAAGAAACAGAGCUCCCUCCCCACGUGCUCAUCUUCCCUUACCCUGCACAGGGCCACGUCAGCCCCAUGCUCAAGUUAGCCGAGCUCCUGUGCCACGCCGGCCUCCACGUCACCUUCCUAGUCACCCACUUUAACCACCGCCGUCUCCUCCGUCACGGCACCGUCCACUCGCAGCUAGCCCGCUACCCCGGGUUCCGAUUCGAAACUAUUCCGGACGGGUUACCCGAAGACGACCCGCGUACGGGUGAUACGGUCACAGAGCUGUUCCGUUCGUUCAGGUUGACGGCGAAACCACUUCUCGGAGAAUUGCUGGGGUCCGACAGGUCAAGAGAUUCGGAGUUGGGGCGGAAGCGGGUAUCUUGUAUCAUAGCCGAUGGGGUACUGAGUUUUGCCAUUGACGUUGCUGAAGAGAUUGGGAUCCCAAUCAUUAUUUUCCGGACUACCGGCGCCUGUGCCUUUUGGGCCUAUAGUUGUGGCCCUAAACUCAUUGAAGCCGGUGAAAUUCCCUUCCAAGGAAACGAUAUGGAUGUACCUAUAAAAUGCGUUUCCGGUAUGGAAAGUUUUCUCCGACGGCGUGAUCUCCCAAGUUUCUAUCGCGGCAGAGACAUGGCUGAUCAUGAUCACUUGCAAAUACUUUUGAGAAACACCCUGCAAACUACUCGAGCGCGAGCGAUGAUACUCAACACAUUUGAAGACUUGGAAGGACCCAUUCUUGCUCAAGCACGUUCUCUAUAUCCACAAAUUUAUGCCAUCGGGCCACUCCAUGCGCACCUCAAGGUUAGACUUGCUUCACCGAUUACUUCAAAUAGUUUGUGGGAAGAAGAUAUGAGUUGUAUGACAUGGCUCAAUGCACAAUCGCAAAAUUCUGUGAUCUACGUAAGUUUCGGCAGUAUUACGAUAAUGACAAAGGACCAGAUAAUGGAAUUUUGGCAUGGUCUGGUAAAUAGUGGGAAACGAUUCUUGUGGGUCAUUCGACCAGAUUCUGUGAUGGGCAAAGAUUGGGAAAACUAUUUACCGACAGGGAUAUUGGAGGGUACAAAGGAAAGAGGAUGCAUAGUUGGAUGGGCUCCACAAGAAGAGGUCCUAGGUCACAAAUCUAUUGGUGCAUUCCUAACUCAUUGUGGGUGGAACUCAACGCUGGAGGGCAUUGUCGCCGGAGUACCAAUGAUUUGUUGGCCAUACUUUGGUGACCAACAUAUUAAUAGUAGGUUUGUGGGAGAGGUGUGGAAGCUUGGAUUAGAUAUGAAAGAUACUUGUGAUCGAGUCACAAUAGAGAAGAUGAUCAGAGAUCUCAUGGAUUUGAGGCGACAAGAAUUUAAACAAUUGUCUGAUCGAAUGGGCAAAUUAGCUAAAAAUGUUGUUACUGAAGGUGGGUCAUCAUACGGUAAUUUGGAUUGUCUGGUUAGAGAUAUAAGAUUGAUGGGGGUAGAUUAAGUGUAUGUUUGGUUUGGUUUGUAAGAUACUAGUAAGUCUAAGAUUGGUAUGGUUCUUCCACCCGAUAUUAACUCCAUCAUCCAGGGCCAAACUCUUCAGGGGUUCAAUAAUCAUGCAUCAUUUCCUUUUGGCUUAAAUCUAAUUGCACUUCAAUAGUCAUCCAUGAGUUAGGUAUACCUUGGUCUUGUGUCUUUCCCUUUGCUUGUUGGUUCAUUUGGUUGAAUAGAAACCAAAGACAUUUUCGUGACUCCAAUCCUCUUGAUCCGGGACACAUUCGUGCUAGACUAAUUACAUUUCAGGAUAUUCUUGCCUGCGCAACGGCAUGGUAUUUUGUUUGCUCCAAGCCCUCUCGGAUUACGAGGCCUAGACAUUUUCAGGUGGGUUGGAUUCCCCCUUCUCUAGGGAGAUUCAAACUCAACUCUGAUGGCGCCGUAAAUAGCCGGGGAAUCGCAGCAACGGGUGGCAUUAUUCGCGACUGGAAUGGCCAAUGUAUCAGAGGCUUUCAGCGCCAUAUUGGCACAGUUUCAGCGCUUGCGGCUGAACUUUGGGCUUUAAGGGACGGUUUACAGCUAGGGGUGGAUUCAAACAUCCCAAAUUUGGACAUUGAAGUGGAUGCAUAAGAAAUUGUCAAUCUGAUGCAAGAGAAUAUCAGUGAUGCCCAUCCUUUGCAUAACUUGGUUUGCGAUUGCAGGUUUCUUCUUCAGAAGUUCGCCUCAACAAACAUCAAGCAUGUUUUUCGUGAGGCAAAUGGUUGCGCUGACGGUUUGGCAAAAGAUGCUCUCAGCAAUGGUGUCGGCUUUAUUAACUUUAGUCUUAUUCCUAUUGUUACUGUAUCUCAGUUUCGGAAUGACUUUGUAGGGGUCUCGUACCCCAGAACUCUAUUUUAAUUAA